GUUCUUUUUCUCUACAGCAUAUCAGUUGGUUCAGUUUUUGGCCAUGCAUCUGUUACAAGAGACCUUGGUUUACUUUGGGUUGAUGCUCACAUGGAUAUCAACAGUCCCACUACUACUAAAUCUGGAAAUCUUCAUGGAAUGCCCCUCUCCAUGUUAAUCAAUGGCAUACCAGAGUUUCCUUCCCCACCUGGAUAUGAAUGGUGCUCUCCAUGUUUGUCUCCAAAGGAUAUUGCUUACAUUGGACUCAGAGAUGUCGAACCACAAGAAAGGGACAUCUGUGAACAAUUGGGGAUUGCUGCAUACAAUAUUGAUGAUAUUGACAAAGAUGGAAUAGGGGUCAUACUUGAAAAGGCUAUGGAAAAAAUCAAUCCUGAUGGAAAUCGCCCGAUUCAUGUAAGUUACGAUAUUGAUUCCUUGGAUCCAAAAGAGGCUCCAAGCACGGGAACACCAGUGAGAGGGGGUCUCACACUGGAUGAGGGAAUUUACAUUGCUCAGAUUUUGGCACAGUCAGGAUGCCUGUCUGGGAUUGAUGUAGUGGAAUUCAACCCAGCCAUUGGAACUGAGGAAGAAGUACUGAAAACUGCCCAAAACACAAUGAAACUUAUUGAAAUCUUACUGGGUCAGGAGAGUCACUUAAAAGAAGCUCCUCUGCCUCCAGUUGACGACAGCAAAGCUUCAAGUGGAUGAUAGACAAGCAAAGGCUGGGUCAAUUUUUUUGCAAGGGGCUGUUUGAGACAAAAGAGACUGAGCAGGGUUAGAGGGCCUGGUUGGGUAAGAGGGGCCUGAUGGGGUAAGAAGAGCCUGGUGGGGUAAGAGGGGCCUGAUGGGGUAAGAAGGGGCCUGGUGGGGUAAGAGGGGCCUGAUGGGGUAAGAAGGG